AUGCCUGGUGUUGUUGAUACGCCCGUCGGGGCUGCAGCACCUGCUUGGGAUCUAGGAUUCAGUGUCGGGCAUCAAAAGGUCGAGCUUGAUAUCGAUCUGGCCAGCAAAAGCCUGAAGGGCAAUACCGAAAUCACCGUCCACCCACACAGGCAAGAUCUGGGAACGAUCUGGUUGAAUUUUCGGCAAGGCGAGAUCAAGCGACUCAGCGUCAACGGCAAACAGGCGACAGCGAAGUAUUCCGAUCCCUACGAAUCUAUCCAACUCUACGGGCCCCAUUACCAUGAACGCUUGGUCCCCAAACUCGACAGUCUACUCCAAACCCCCCCGAAGCCCACGGUAGCCAUUACGAUUCCUAAAAACGUUCGAAUCGACGAGCUAGAUCCAUCUUCAGCUGAAGCCCAAGACCAGAUUGCCCUUCAAACGACAACCGGUGAUGUGGAUGGGCCUGGAGGUUCAAGGGCGCAAGAAGCGGCCCUCCCACGAUUCGCAGCUCUUACCGUGAACAUCGAGUUCGUCAUUGACAGCAUUCGUGAUGGUUUACAGUUCGUGGGUAUUGAACAUGGAGAUCGCCGUUAUCCACAUGCAUACACCACCAACUCGCUCGAGUCUGGUAUCGGAUGUCCCCUGUUCCCAUGCAUCGACGAUACGUCCUCGAGAUGCACGUGGGACUUUUCGAUUACUUGCCCCAGCUCGCUCGGUGAUGUGUUUGACCGCAAGUACAAAAGUGCGCCAGGUUCAACGACGCCCUCGCGCCCACGGCCGCAAACCCGCCAACUUUCUGCCGAUGACGAGAGCCUAGAUAUGUCCGUGGUUUGCUCUGGCGACCUGACGGAUGAUAUUGUCGAUCCCAAGGACCCCAGUCGCAAAACAGUCUCAUUUUCCUCGUACUCGCCUUUGGGGGCUCAACAAAUCGGAUUCGCCAUUGGUCCAUUCGAGUAUGUUAACCUUGCCGACUUCCGCGAGAGUGACCAGGACGAACAGCUUGGACAAAACGCGAUUCCUUUACACGCAUUCUGUCUCCCAGGUCGAGCCGAUGAAGUUCAGAAUACGAGUUUCCCCAUGGCCCAGGCUAUCGAUUUUUUUUCGUUGUCCUAUGGAUCCUACCCGUUUGCCAGCUACAAGAUCUGUUUCGUGGAUGACGUCCCUACGGACAGCCUUCCUACUGCUUGCAUGUCAAUUUGCAGCAGCCAUCUCCUAUUCCCACCAGAGAUGAUCGACCCCAUGUAUGAAUCAACGCGAACUCUGGUGCAUGGUCUGGCCUCUCAAUGGUCGGGCAUUAAUAUCAUUCCAAAUGAGCCAGCGGAUACAUGGGUCACAGUGGGUGUGGCAUGGUAUAUUACAGACACAUUUAUGAAGCACCUUUGCGGAAAUAACGAAUACCGGUUCAGACUCAAACAAAUGUCUGACCGAGUCUGCGAGUUGGACUUUGAACGUCCAUCGAUUUACGACAUGGGCAAUAUCCUCAAGGUUGACCCCUCUGAAUACCGCUUCGUUGCACUGAAGGCCCCUUUGGUCCUGUGGAUCCUCGAUCGUCGGUUGACAAAGGCUAGUGGAAAGCCCACGAUGUCUCGCAUUGUCACUCGACUGUUCCUAAACUCUCGCAUGGGCGACAUGCCCAACGGAGCUGUUACCUCAUCUCUCUUCCAAAAGACUUGCGAGCGACUCGGUCACGCCAAGCUAGACGUUUUUUUCCAGCAAUGGGUUUACGGUGCAGGAUGCCCGCGGUUCACUGCGAGUCAGCGAUUUAACAAGAAAAAGCUUGUUGUGGAGAUGAUGAUCCGACAAAUCCAGGCUGAGCAACAGCCUCCAAAAGAUCUGGAAAAGGAUACAUUCCUCCGUGACGUUAAAGAAGAAGUUCGGCACGUCUAUGCGGGUGCAGUACAACCGGUGUUUACGGGAUCAAUGACCCUUCGGAUUCACGAAGCCGACGGCACACCAUAUGAACAUAUUGUUGAGAUCAAGGAGGGAGUGACGAAGUUCGAUAUUCCGUACAACACCAAGUACAAGAGGCUUAAACGCAACAAGAAACAAAGAGAGCGAGCUGUGGCAAGUGGAGAUGCCGAGGUCCAAGAAGAAGUUCUCCUCUACUGUCUGGGAGACGUACUCCAAACAGAGGAGGAAGCACAGUCUUGGCGCCUGGCUGACUGGACAAAAGAGGACGAAGAGCGAAUGGGACAGGAGUCUUACGAGUGGAUUCGUAUGGACGCAGACUUUGAAUGGAUCUGCAAACUGUCUCUUGGCAUGCCGGGUUACAUGUAUCUGUCCCAGCUACAACAGGAUCGAGAUGUUGUGGCGCAGCUUGAGUCCUUGCAAUACAUGGCCGCGCAACGAGAACAUCCUCUCAUUUCAACCAUCUUCGUUCGAACUCUCAUGGACAGUCGAUACUUCCAUGGUAUUCGUGUCACGGCGGCUCGCGCAUUGGUCAAACAUGCCAAGGACGAAGUUGACUGGGUUGGUCUGUACCAUCUUGAAACGGCAUUCCAGGAGCUUUUCUGUCUUCCAGGCUCGCCCAUGACGCGUUCGAAUGAUUUCUCUGACCGAGCAGCCUACAUUUUACAGCAAGUCAUUCCCGAUGCGAUUUCGAAAGUGCGCGACAACAGUGGAAAGACCCCUUUGCGGGUAAAGCGGUUCCUCUUUGACAAACUGAAGUUCAAUGACAACUCCAAUAAUGAAUACUCUGACAACUUCUACGUUGCCUCGCUCAUGAAGUCUCUGUGUCAUGCAAUGCUGGGCAGGAGCGAGUCACGGAGUGAUGAAGAGCUAGAUCAUUUCGACAUGGAACGCGUUCUUGAGACUCAAGCUGAGGAGCAGCUCGAGAAAGAUGCCAUUGCCGAAUUUGAUCGUUAUCGACGAAUGGAUGAAUGGUCCAGCUCAUUCCAAAACCUUUAUUCACGAGCCGCAUUACAUUGCCAGGCACAAUUGAUGCAAGCAAAGAUGAUAAAUGUGGAUCUCAUGCGUUUCCUCCCCUACACACGGGCAGGAACAUAUGACCUCCUGCGGAUCCAGGCAUUCCAGUGUCUGGUGGACCUAGAUAUUGGUCAAAGCCCUGAGCUUUUGCGUUGGCUCAUGUUUACACUGUCGACCGAUUCCUCGGCCUGGAUUCGCCAUCACGGCCUGGGUCUGCUAGGACAGGCCUUGGCACAAGUUGCAUUUGGUCGUCCCCAACAACCAGAAGGCACGCAGGCGGACGGGUUGAUCAUCGAACAAGAGUCUACGACAGAAAUCCGCCGGGAUGACAUCGCAAGACGGCAGACCAUUCCAGGCGCUAUCGAAGCUCUCAAGCGAGAGCUGUCUCUCGAUGGAUCUAUGAAAGAGUACAUGUGGGCCGCAUGCAAUUCUCCAACCAUGAACCUACUAGAACUCUCCGAACUCACCGAUCUUUGCCGCGUGCUCUACGACCCUGUCACGACUAAGCUUGUACGCCUGAAACUCCCUCGUUACUGGAAGGUCAAAAAUCUGGGACAUGGGAAACUGCACUUUACCAAAUCCAGCACUAUCCGCAUGGGUCCAUCAAAGGGUUCUUCCAAGCGGAAACGCGAAGAAGGCAUGCCUCCGCCAUCUACUCGCAUUACCUUCAAAACGUCCAAAACUGGCGCAACCUCCGGCACCCCGUCUGCCACCCCGCUCCCAAAACUUCACAUCCCCAAUCCCUCUGCCACACCCAGCGCGACCCCCAAAACCCCGGCCCCAUCUACGCCCUCAACCCCAGCCAGCGGAGGUCCGCUGAAGCUCAAACUCAAGUUCGCUUCAAGACCAGCAUGA